GCUGUCAAAAGUCACUCGCAUCUGUUGGAUUUGCAUUAAGCUGGGAAGUAAGAACACAACAACAGAGAAGCAAUCAUGCCGACGCAGCGAUCAGCGCAGGAGUGGGUCCGGUUAUCUAUGCGCACCCCGGGCAUCCUGAUCUUUGGGAUGGUGAUGGCUCCGUGCGGAUGGAUCCUGAAUCUGACCUCCACCGUGUCCCCAAACUGGAGGACCCUCAACAACAUCCCCAACCAACCAUCUAAUGUCUUCAUCCAGCAAGGGAUCUUUGAUGUUUGUCAAGCCACCACAACCAGCUCAAGUAAUGAUUGCACCCUUUUGGACAGCCCUUAUUUCGGUAACCAAAUCAUCAACAUUGCCCAGGGUUUGAUGUUGGCUUCCCUCAUCGUGACUCUAAUCGGGUUGGCUGUGGCCAUCCCGGGAGUGCGCUGCUGGAAGGAAAAUCCUCAGUGGGUAGUGGCCGGUCUGGGUGGGCUGCUGAUCUUCUGCUCAGGUGUCUUGACCAUCAUACCGAUCGCCUGGUACACCCACAUCAUCACCAACAUCACAACGGUGACCUCGCAGAAUGAUGUGCGCGUGGGCUACUGCAUAGUUUUGGGUUACAUCGGCGGGAUAUUUGAAGUCCUUGGUGGUUUCGUCAUGUUUAUCGGGAUCUGCCGUUGCUGCGGAGGGAAGAACAGAGGAGAGAUACGGGUCGAAGAAGCCGCCAAACGGUUCGGACAGCCGAGGGCGCAGUCGAGGCCGCAGCCGCAGCCGAGACGCAUCGACCUGGACCGACCCAGGAGCACCGCCAGCAGCAUCCCUUAUUCCAAGUACUCAGUGGAUGAUGACGUGUCUUUCCCACGUGCCAAGAGCCCCGCAGCCCAGUCAGGAAACACUUCUUUUAAUGGUAGACCAUAUGAUGUUGAUCUUUAAGAGGCAUCUGCUCCAUCUGAUGACGCAUGGAAGGAAAACGUAUUUGACUUUUCGCUAAAAGAACAAAGGGUGGAGAACAAUGUAGAGAGUAUUGUAGUAAAACAUGUGGUGUCAGAUUAGCAUCCUAAAGCAGAAUCUCUUUAAAUAUCUUCAUCUUUGGAAACAUGACUGAGUUAAAAAUCUCUGUCAAUAUUUAACAGUAUAUUCUAGUAAUUGUGUAUUUAUGAAGAAACGAAUAACGAAGAAUUAUUCUGAAUUAUAUUUUAACGUAAUCGUAGAAUAAACUCCUAUAACCCUGAAAAAUUUGAUUUUAGGUAUAAUUUUGUUGUGGUUCAUGACAUUGAAUUAUGCCGAUCUCACGUUAUAGCUACUCAUCAUCUUUAACCCUUUAAUUCCAUAUGUAUCAUAUUUGAUACAGUUUCUGAGACCUUUUGCAUCAAUAUGGUAAAAACUUUGUUUAAUACCCUGUUUAACACAAUCUGAUAUUCUGUCCCUUGAAGGAUACCUUUUACAUUACAAUAAUUCUGACAUAUCACACGGCAAUAACCAUAUUCCUAAAAAAAUUACUAUUACUUUUUUUAAAAACUUUUUUUAAAGAACCAAAUAAAGACUCAUGAUUUUAAAAAAGGGGGGGAUUGGGGAAAGAGAGAGAGAAUUUUCUCCCCAUUUUUCCUAGGGUCAGGCUUUAAAGGGUUAUGGAAGCUUAUACAUUAGUUUUUCCUGUGUAAAUUUCCUAAUGCAUUCAUGAUUUCCUUUGGUGUAUUUUAUGUAAAUAAGUUAUUUUCCCUGCUACCCUGAAUUGGAAUAAGUGAAUGAAUGUUCUUUUGCACUUUAGAAUGAAGGCCAAUCUUGAAGGACAACAGCUCCAUUUUAAAAAUAGUGAUUAAUCCAUUUUACCAACUAUUCUGUGAAACUUCUUAUUAAAUGUGCACUCUUUCCUAUUAUCAUGCUGUUAAGUAAAAAAUUUUUUUCUUGCAAA